AUGUCUGAUCUAGAUGAUGAUUUGUUGGCAUUGGCAGGUGCAGGAACAGAUGACGAAGAGGAAGAGUUCCUAUCAACUUCUAAGAAGCGUAGCAGAAAAGACGCUUCAGAAGGUAAGAGAAGACGGAUAAUGGGAGACGAAGAUGAGGACGAGGAUGAUGAUGAUGAAGAUGAUGAUGGCUAUAUGCCUAGAGACAGAUAUGAGAAUGAUGAUGAUGGGGAUGAGGAAGAAGAAGCUGAAGAAGUCCCAUUCCCAUUGGAGGGAAAGUAUAAAGAUGAAAAGGAUAGAGAAAGGCUAGAGCUACUACCUGAAAUGGAAAGGGAAUCCAUUCUUUUCGAGAGAUCUCAGCUGAUGCAAAAAUAUCAAGAGCGUAAAUUGUUGAGACAGCAUGCCAGAUCUAUAAAGCAGCAACAACAACAGCAAAGACAAGAUUCAAAGUCUACCCGUGCUUCUGGGAGAUCCACAAGAACUACAGGGCAUUCCGAUCUUAAGCAAUCAAAGCUUUCAGAGCUCAAGAAACAAAGAGCAAAGAAGAGUGGUAAUUAUGAGUUUUCUGAUAACGAGUCUGACGACAGUAAUGACAACUAUCGGGAUGACAGGAGGGACGAGUAUGACGACGAGGACGAUGAAGAAUCCAUUUAUGAUGAUGAAGAAGACGAUUACGACUUAGGAUAUGGGAAGACUAAAAGACGUUCUCAUCACACUGAUGAAGUGGAAUGGGCGGAAGAUGAUAAUUUAGAUAGAGAUUCAUCUCUCGAAGACUAUAACAAAAUUCAAGUCGGCCGUUCUUUUGCAGCAAAGUUCUGCUUUUAUCCCGAAUUCAACAAAAUAGUCGAAGGAUGCUAUGGAAGGGUUAAUAUAGGCAAGGACAAACAUACUGGUAACUCUAUGUAUCGUAUGGUCAAGAUCGAACGUGUGUUCCUGCAAAAGCCAUAUAAUAUGGGUAAGUUUUUUACUAAUCAGUACUUUGGUGUUACCCAAGGUAAAGACCGUAAGAUUUUUCAAAUGAGCUUUUUCAGUGAUAGUCCAAUAACACAACCUGAGUAUGAAAGGUAUUUACACGCUUUAGAAAAAUCUGACCUUAAUCAGCCUACACCAUAUACGUUGAAUAACAAAUCUAAAGUGUUGAAUGAGUUUGUAUCUGAACCAUUAACGCCUAAGUUGAUGGAUGAUAUUGUGCGCAAUAGAAUGGUUUUCAAUAAGAAACUUUCAGGAACCAAUGCUGUCAUGGAAAAACAGGUUCUCAAAGAAAAAUUGCAAUUCGCUAAAGAAACUGGCGACCAGAAGAGCGCAGAUAAAUAUGCAACUCAAUUAAGGUCGCUCGAAAAGAGAUUGAGCUCUUAUGAAAAGCACCAUGAGAACGAUCAAAGCGAUAUAAAAACUCUAGGUGCAUUAACUUCAAAGAACAGAAAAAUGAAUAUUGACAGAAUAAGACAUGCCGAAAUCGUGAAAAGAGAGAAUGGUAUUAAUACGGUGGACGCUAAAAGAGAUCCAUUUAGUCGAUUGAAGACUAGGACUAAAAUUUAUUAUCAAGAAAUCCAACAAGAAGAAAACGAGAAGGCUAGAGAAGAGGCAAGAAAGCAACUGGAGGUCCAACAAGAAGCCGAAGAGCAAAAAAAGAAAGACCUAUUACUUGCAAAGUUCAGGCGUCUCGGUGGUCUAGAAGAGAUCAUUAACUCUUUAGAUUUACAAUUACACUUUGAUAUCUAG